AUGAACACCUUCGGUCUCACCAUGUUCUCAAUCCUCAUAGCCAUAUUCGGCUACUUUCAAUGUAUUCCUCUGACAGGCAUCAAUCGACUGCAGGACUGUCUGAGAAAGGAAUACGCCUUGGGCCAUUUCGGAAUGAUGGUUGACAGAUUUUCCCCAGUCGCUUAUGACAACGAUUCUUUUGCGAGCUCCGAAAUACAGUCUGAUGCACCGUCCGCUGUGGUUUUGUUGACAUCAUCUAAACUGGAACCAGUUGGUUAUGCUGUGGACACCGUUAUGGCCAACUUCAGUGCUUCCGUGGAUGAUAAAAUAGGAUAUACAACCGAUAUAGUGUCGUUGGGUGCUGACCAGAAUGAGUCUUAUUCUGGGUUCUUCCACGACACUUACUGCCCUUAUCUGAUCGCAAUCUGCUCUCGGUAUGCGGGAUUUCCAUCGCAGAUUUGGCCAGUUAUAAAAAGCUUUUUCGGGCUUGCGGUACCUCUAGGGCCACUUGUCAUACUCGUGGGGUCGCUGACCGUCGCCUUCACGUAUUGGCGGAAGUUACGGACAGCUGGCGCCGAGGUCAUGAGAUUGACCAGUAAGGUCCAAUCCAGAAGAGCUUCUCUCCAACGAAAGAUCGACCUAGCAGCCUCGGUAGUCGAUCAGACACUCGACGAGAUUGCAAGACAUAUUCCAGCAGAACAGGAGCGCAUCCACCAGUAUCUGGCGUCCUUUCGUCCAGACGAUGUUAUCAACCAGGAGAUUAAUGCAUUCCGCGAGAAGCUUGAGUUUUUUAUCCAGAGCGAAUUCGACAAACAGAUUCACUUGGUGAGGGAUUAUCUGGAGGAGCUCGAGCAAGUACGCCAAACUCUCCCAGGUCCUGUAGAAAUUCGAGCCCAAUGUGAGAAAUUCCAAGAGACGUUCGAGCAAGCCAAGGAAGUGCAUAGCAACCUGAAAGAUGCCUUGAAGCAUAUCGAUGAGCUUUUGCGUUCGAAACAGACGCCGUCACUUUCUCAGGUUGACGACGAGUUUCAUGCUGUGCGUUCUAUCUCCAGCAACGAAGGAACAGGCCCGAGAAAUGUAAAUGAGCGCAUCCGUGGCAAUACAGAUACGCGAUCUCGGUCAUUGUCACGGUGGGUGAUGGCGUCGGGUCGUCACGAAAUGACACCAGAGGAAUUUAACAAGGCACUCGAGAUCCGACGUGAGAGGGUGAAUAUGAGGUGCGCAAACCGGGUUAAAACAGAUUCUGUUUCAUCGAAUGGUCAAAGUUGUACUGCAAUGACCGACCGCUGCUCUCGGUAG